AUGGAUUUUCCUCCGACGAAGCUUGAUUAUCAUGUAGACAUGUUCAAUCUUCAAUCACAAGCCAGAUUUCUCUCCUUAUAUAAGGCGGAAGAUGGACGCACGGCCCUAAUACUGGAUUCGACGGUGUUUCAUCCACAAGGUGGCGGCCAGCCAUCAGACACCGGCUUCAUCGCUUUCUCCGGUUCGGAUUACAAGUUUUCCGUUCAAGAUGUUCGAUCGAAAGACGGAAUUGUUCUUCAUUACGGAGCUUUUGAAGGCUCGAAUCCUGAAAGUGGAAUGAACAUUGAGAAAGGGCAAGAAGUUUACUUGCUUGUUGAUGAACCGAGGCGCACACUUAAUUCCAGGUUGCACUCAGCUGGGCACUUGCUAGAUUUGUGUAUGCAGAAAGUUGGGUUAGGACAUUUGGAGCCUGGGAAAGGGUACCAUUUUCCGGACGGUCCGUUUGUGGAAUACAAAGGAACCGUUCCGCAGGAUGUCUUGCAGGUGAAGCAGAAAGAGUUGGAGGCAGAAGCGAACGAACUGAUAUCCAAAGGAGGAAAGGUCUAUGCCGCUAUAUUGCCCUAUGAUGAGGCAUCCAUGCUCUGUGGUGGCAGUCUUCCUGACUAUAUUCCUAAGGGAAGCACUCCCCGGAUCUUAAGAUUAGGUGAGAACCCUGGGUGUCCGUGUGGUGGAACCCAUGUCUCCGAUAUAUCUGAUAUCAUAAGCAUGAAGGUCACACAGAUGAGAACAAAGAAAGGAAUGACAAAAGUUUUCUACACCAUUGCAACUUAA